AUGCAACAUAUACUUGAUUCUACACACCUCUUGAUGAUGUCUCCUAAAGAACGUGCUAUAAUUCAAGUAUGUGGAAUUCAUUGUGGAAGCCCUAUAGGAAGUUUCAGAAUGAAUGCACAAUUUGCCAAAGAUCAUGAUGAUGGAACUCCAAAUUUAUUUAGAGCUCUAGGAUUCAUUAAGGAUUUUAUAACAAUAGCAUUUAAAUUAUUGGGAUGGAGCGGAGAAAGCAGAGU